AGUUUAGUUUUUACCGGCCAAAAUUAUAUUAUUUUGAAUAUAAAGAUGAAAUUUUUCCAAGAUCGAAAGAGUUUAUAUUUACUAUCACAAUUGAUUCUCAUUACAUUUUACUUUAAAAAUUCAUCAUGUCAAGAUUUAUCCGAAAACACAUCAAAUCAAAAUAUUAUAGAUCCUCACUCGUUUUAUUACAACAGGCAUCGAAAGGAAAUGCAAAAACCUACAAAUAAUGAAAAAAAAAUUUCAACAGAAAUGUUCAGCAGUAGUUCCAGUAUUGAAACAUCAGAAGAAACGAUGGAAUCUGCAAAUUGCAAUUGUGAUAAUAAAUUACAAGAAUGCAGAGACGAAUUGUCAAAUAAUUUAGCAUACGAGAUGUUUUCUAAAAGACUUGUGAAUAUGCUGAUGUCACAUAUUACUUUUAAGGAAGAAGACGAGAUUUUUAGUGGAAACAUUUACCUGGAAGCAACAAGUUCUCAAAUGCAAGUCCUCCGUGAUUUUGGGAAUGUCAAAGUAUCAAUAAGAACUGUUGAUUCAAUACUUAGUGAUAUAAUACGGAAACCAAGUACAACAUUUUUUGAUGAAGCACUUUCUUACUCAGAAUUGUUUUUGUCAUUUAUUCAAAAACACAAAUAUGUCUGCAUAGGAAUAUUACUUGUAAUAAGUGUAUUAUUUGUAAGUAGAUACAUAAGAUGGACAAGAGGAGCGAUUAUUCUUCUUGUUAUAGAUUUAAUUAUUGUUAUCAGCUUUUUUAUGACGUGGUAUCAGCUCGUUAAGGAAGCAGAAAUUAAACAAACUGCCAAACAAAUGAUGUACUCCCAAAUGCCGAUCGAAUGUCAGCCAGAAAAAAUGAACAUGAUGCAGUACAUUUUAUCGAAAGUUUCUUUCCAUGGUAGUACGGAACAAUGUGAAAAGUAUGUUGAAGCAAUGAUAGUGGAUCCUUUCGUUCAAGUGACACCUGUACAGGCAUUAUCUCACAUGUGCACUAAUUUUAUUCUGCACCCUCUAUCCGUGGCCGGACAUGUAAUCAGCAAUUUUGUUGAAAAUGCAACUGAAAAACUAGCAUGGCCUAUGAGAUGGACUGUGACUCUUUUACUCUUCAUAGGUGUGGCCUUACUAAUAAUAGUCUUACCUUUUUCUUUAUUCGGAGGAUCCUUAGGAUUUGGCAUUGGACCACUUUUCCAUUUCACUUUAGGUCGACAAAAAGAAAAAGAACGAGUCAGCAAUGCUAAACCAAUUGAGAGAAUUGAGUUAAUUCGAGAGGUGCCUACGAAUGUUACUAUUCAAAGAAUAGAAGCCGGCAGUAAGAGGAAAAAAAGUAAACAAGUUGUUAAACAAAUUUUAGAGAAAGAAGAAGAACAGGAGCAGUCUGAUAGUAAUGUUUCGCAAGAUUCUAUUUUGGAAAAAGGAGACUCAGCUGAUGUUGAUACGUCUACUGAAGAUGUUCAAUUUGAACUAACUGACAAAAAAGAGAAAAAAGCAUUGUUACUUAAAGAAGACGGUAGCGGCGAUAGAUGAGCUAAGUGUAAUUUCAAAUCUACUGUUUAAAUGAAAAAGACUGUAAGCUAGAAACUAAAAACAUUUUUUUAUUUGUUUUAUAUUUAUUUAUUUUGUAUGAAAAAACGUUUAUUUUUGCAUCUUCUUAAAUUUUAUUAAAAUUCUUUAAUAAAAUAUCUGAAAAUAUA